UGUGUAGCGAAUCAUGUGAGAGUCCACGCGCUGAAAGUAGGUUAGUGAUCGAGUGAGUGUGACAGAGCGAGCGCGAGGGAACGAAAACAGCUCUCAGCGGUGGAGAAGAUACGACACACGCCUUCGUGCAAAAAGCAAACAACGGGAUUAAGCAACCGGGAUUAAGUCCAAAUUCGGAAACACCGAAUUUACUAUUUGGAUGCGUAUCCGCAAACCUAUGUGAAUUCCUUUAAACUGCUCCAUUUUUGGAGCUUUAACGUUUCAUUUGAUUUCACCAUUUGCCUUCGUUCAGAUGCUCCGGAGUUGCGCUGUUUCCAGAUAAUAGAACCCCAGCAGCAGAAUGAGAGCUCAAAUUGAGGUGAUCCCUUGUAAGAUCUGUGGGGACAAGUCAUCUGGUAUUCACUACGGCGUGAUCACGUGUGAAGGGUGCAAGGGUUUCUUCCGUCGCAGUCAACAGAACAACGCCAUGUACUCGUGCUCUCGACAGAGGAACUGCCCCAUCGACCGGACCAGCCGGAACCGCUGCCAGCACUGUCGCUUGCAGAAGUGCCUGGCACUGGGCAUGAGCCGUGACGCGGUGAAGUUUGGUCGCAUGUCCAAGAAGCAGCGUGCCAGCCUGUAUGCUGAGGUCCAGAAGCAUCAGCAGUCACAGGAGCACGAAGGUGACCUAGGGGUCGCUCCCGUCCUGCCCCGAGCGGGGGCGGAGCCGAGCGGCAGCGUGCACGGGAGAGCCUACAGCCGCAGCUCCAGCUCCGCCCCCAGCGACUUCGACGACGUCGGCGCCUUGCCCGACGGCCUGCCGUUCGAUUUUCCCCGUACACCAGAGGGCGCCAGUGAGUAUGGCACCCUGGAGCCGCUGGGGGGCUGCAGAGGGAAUGGCUCCUCCCCCCAGAGCUCUCCGGAGCAGAGCGGGGCGGAGUGUGGCGAUGGACCCCACGUCAGACGUGACCACCGGCCCCUGCAGGAGGUGGAGAUGGGCCUAUACACACGCUCGCUGCUACACGGCCUGCCGGACAGCUGCUCAUUGCUCGAGAUAGAGCGUAUCACCCAGAGCAUAGUGAAGUCUCACAUGGAGACGAGUCAGUACACUCCAGAGGAGUUGAAGCGUCUAUCCUGGACUAUCUACACAGCCGAGGAAACACGUGCCUACCAGAACAGGGCUACCGAGGUGAUGUGGCAGCAGUGUGUGGUCCACAUCACCAACGCCAUCCAGUACGUGGUGGAGUUUGCCAAGCAUAUCGUGGGAUUCAUGGAGCUGUGUCAGAAUGACCAGAUCGUCCUCCUCAAAGGAGGAGUCCUGCCUGUGUUGCUGGUACGGACAUGCAGGACCUAUAACCCUGUCAGCCACACGCUCUUCUUCGAUGGGAAGUUCGCCAGUACUGAGCUCUUCAAGGCUCUCGGUUGUGACGACCUGGUGAACGCGGUGUACGACCUGGCCGGGUCCAUGAGCCAUCUGCAGCUCAGCGAGGAGGAGAUGGCCCUGUUCAGCGCAGCCGUUCUCUUCGCUCCAGACCGACCUUGGCUUACACACAGACACCAAGUUCGGCAGCUUCAGGAGAAGGUCUAUGUGGCGCUGCAGCGCUGUCUGACCAGAGGGGGCGCUGGAGAGGAGAAACUGGCCAAGAUGGUAGCUAAGCUGCCCACGAUGAAGUCCAUCUGUAACCUCCAUAUUGACAAGCUGGAGUUUUUCCGCCUUCUCCACCCUGAAACAGCCUUCAACUUCCCUCCGCUCUACAGGGAGGUGUUUGGCAGCGAACUUGCCUUCCCAGACUCCACCAAGGGCUAGAGUCCGGACGGCACCGCGGGCAGGCGGACGAGAGAGAGAGCGAGCGAGCGAGAGCGAAAUGUGUAGGGAUAGAAGGAGGUAGUGGUAGAUGUGAAGUGUCACAAGCAGACCAGCAGUUCAUUUACAAUCCUGCACGCAACACUAUAGGACUCCAAAUCCCACAACCCCUUUCAUGCUCCCUCCCAGAAGGGUAAAAGACACUAGCGUGUACGCCAGCCCCUUGUUUUCUGCUUUCAAACACAGGCUGCUGGGUGGUGGUCUACACACACUACCUACCUGUGUUAACUCCACCAAAGCAGCGGCGCUCGGCUGUUAUUGGAGCCCGAGGCUGACCGAAGGUGACGUAGACAGUGCCGUGGAUUGGGAUGUGACCGUGCUCUCCUAGUGCGGAUUUGUGACACGCCCUCAGGAACGAGAAGUAAUACAUUAUGUAUACUUGGCCUGUCUUGUGUAAAACGUGAUUAUUUUUUUUUUAAAGGUUGGUUUUUAUGGCAGUCAUUAGCGGCAAUUUCGCAUCACCUGACCAACUGCAGGGAAGGUCCAAAGGCGGACGCCGAAAACGCUUUUAGCGUAGCGUGCUAACCAGUGUUCCUGAGUCCAUCAACCAGUUUUGUCGUGCGCAGCUGUCGCGUGCCCCUGUGCUGCGGCUGCCGUUUUUGGGCAUGUGUCUGUGCAUGUGGACAAUGUUGCGGAAGUCGUUAGCUUGACCUCUCUGUGUUGGUGUUAAUUAAACAAAACUUCACUCUAAAAUGAAACACAAACUACAUAGAUUUAUUUAGAAUAAUUUGGUGUGUGAGUGUGUGUUCAGCGCAGGAACAGUAGAACGUAGCUGGUGUAGUAAAGUGAAUGUUGCGUAGACGUGUCAGACGCGUUUUAAAAUCUCUGGCUCAGCUUUGCUGGCGGAGUUCCAGCAGUCUCCUUUGCUCAGCCCACUGACACUCUGCUCUGGGGGGUGGGGAGGCGGGUAGUUUUAGAUGCAGCCCACUAGCAUUUAGAGGCUUUUAAACCUACACUUUAAAAUCUGGGAACUUGACCCCACUCGGCUUUCUCUUCCUCCAGCCUAAGUGUCACUCUCAUUUGCCCUCUGACAGCACACACACGCACACACACAGCCCUGGAUGCUACUGUUCCCCAGCCUCAGUGUAAAGCUGACCUUGGCCACUGGCCCCUCCCUCCUGUCCCAGGGGCCUCAGAAUGGGGCCUUGUUUAAGUGAAUAUUCCAUUUUUAAUAUUUGUGGCAAACGGGGUUUUUUUUUUGGUUUGUUUUUGCGUAUUUGUAUUCUUCGGUUGGUACGUUAAGGUUUGGAGAAUGGCAGAUGUGCGCGCAUAGCCGGUGGGAGUGUUACCGGUAGUGCCUUUGUCCAAAAGGGGAAAAAACUCACGAUUCGCGGAUUCAAUAUAAAACUGUGAUCUCGUCCUAAUGGCUCAGAGAGUUUGGGGUGAAGGAAGCGAAUGAUUCUCCCUUUGAGUCAAACCUGUUCAACAUCUCGCUCUGCACACUGCGGGACGGUGCUCGACCUCCAGACUCAACAUUUCACUCGCAGACUUCACUUACACACUUCACUGGCUGCCGUGUCGCAAUGCAACUGUGCGACAGGCGGUCUGUCGGACGCUCGUAACCGGGGAUAACGCGUGCACUCCCGAAUAACAAAUGCAGAAUUUUCUGAAGGACACGAUUCUUGUAUUAACUCGUUCUUCUCUAGAUGACCUGCAAGGUGGGGGAUGAUUGUAAAGACACGCUUUGUGGAGAGGAAAAUAAAGUACCUAGAACUUCUUAGAGCGUGUGCGCGCGUGUUGUGGAGUGAAGCCCUGCAAACCAGCACGUGCGGGUUUGGGGGCUUGUCGCUUGGUCUAGCAGAACACCGGGAACCCUGAGCGCUGUGUGGACUAGCAGGCCUGCCCGUCCGUGAGGACGUCUGGACCCCUGUCUGUGGUCAGUACCAUCGCAGGACUUCAGAGAAUAAAACGGGAUCUCCAAUAAAAGUGUCUAAGCGGAUCGGAUACUGAUCGCGUCUUGUUUUGUGUGCUAUUUCAGCCGUCAUCGUCUUUCUGUGGGUUUCCCUCUCAUGUUAGACUUGUGUUGCAUUUCAGUUUUUAAGGCCGUUUUUAAGCAGAAAAUCCGAGUCAUUUAUUGAUCAUCCAUUGUUUCUUUUUGCUAAAUUUAUUGUAUAAAAAUCACUUAGUUCUUAAUAGCUAUAAUUUAUGACUUGAAUUUAAACAUGAGUUGUACAUUGAUAAAAUGUGAAUUAAGAAUGUAAUAAAUCUUUUUACAUAA